CCCACGCCGCAGAUCGCCUGGCAGAAGGACGGGGGCACGGACUUCCCCGCGGCCCGCGAGCGCCGCAUGCACGUCAUGCCCGACGACGACGUCUUCUUCAUCACGGACGUGAAGAUAGAAGACAUGGGUGUCUACAGCUGCACGGCACAGAACUCCGCGGGCUCUGUGCUUGCCAAUGCCACCCUCACUGUGCUGGAGACACCAUCCUUGAUUCAUCCACUGGAAGACCAUGUGGUGUCUGUAGGUGAGACUGUGGCUCUUCAGUGCAAAGCCACAGGGAGCCCACCUCCCCGCAUUACCUGGCUGAAAGGCGACCAGCCCCUGGUCGUGACAGAAAGGCAUCACUUCACCUCUGGCAAUCAGCUGCUGAUCGUGAGGAACGUUGUCUUGGAAGAUGCUGGGAAGUAUACCUGUGAGAUGUCCAACACGCUGGGGACAGAGCGUGCUCACAGCCACGUGAGCAUCCUGCAGUCUCUCGGCUGUAGGAAGGACCGCACCACGGUGGGGAUCAUCACCAUUGCCGUGGUGUGCAGCAUCGUGCUGACGUCUCUGGUCUGGGUCUGCAUCAUCUACCAAACCAGGAAGAAGAGUGAAGAAUACAGUGUCACCAACACAGAUGAGACUAUUGUGCCUCCUGACGUGCCGAGCUACUUGUCUUCCCAAGGGACUCUUUCUGACCGGCAGGAAGCGGUCAUCAGAGUCGAUAACCAACAGCCCAAUGGGCACAUCGACAGCAACGACGGUUCGUUUGUUACAGGUAUGUGUCAGACCGAUGCUGGAAGGUGUCCAGAUGUUGAAGCUCCCACUGUAGGUUGCCGACAGCCAAAGCUGUGUAUUGGCUAUAAUAAAGACACUUGGAAAACCGAAGAGAUGGCUGAUGGAAUGCUUGUUUCAGAUAAGACAGGCUACGGGCUGCCCGUUGUGUGCACGGACUGCAGUGGCAGCACGGACAGCACCAACGUCCACAUUUACCCCAAGGAGGCCGAGUACUACUCUGAGAGCCUUAAGACUCUGGAGAGCACCUGCCCAAACGCACUGAGCAGCAAGGAGCGCAGUAGGAAGCGGGGUGCAGGCACCAGCCUUCUUCAUCCUCAGCCGUGCAACGGGAUUGCCAGCGGCAAGAGGGUGGACACAGACGGGACCCUCUACCCCAGCAACCACGACAGAAUAAGAGCUGUGAGCACCACCAGCCCGCUGCUUGCAGACAAACAGGGCUCUUCACAAGCAGCAGCAAAGCCUUCAGAGCUCAAUAACCUUAACUUGGUGAGGGCUUCACCAGCAGGAGGGUCACUAAAGCAACUGAACGUGCUUCCCGAAAUCCCCCCAACACUACUGGAUUUGCAGAGUGAAGCAGGAGUGAACCAGGCCCUCCUGUCCAACGGCAACGCACCCGAGCUGAAGCCACCCCAUAGAGCGCUGGACUGA